UCUGUUGGUAUCAUGAAGAAUCUUAGUUGUUUAAUCUGCUCUAAUUUUAACCGACGUAAUGUCCGAGCACAUUCACUUUUUUCUUCUGCAGUAAUUAGUCUCGCUUACUUCUUUUCAUUUUUUUUUUCGCUAUAUAACUAUCGCUACAGAUACCCAUCUAUCUUGGAAUGUCAAAUUAAGAAUAAAAAUUUCGAACACAACUGCGUUUUAAAUAAAUAUACUUCGAGUCUUUGAUCGGAUAAAAUAACUCUCUAAUGUGAUUAAUUCGCCACACUUUUUUCCUUUCACGUUUUCUUCUUCACAAAAUAAUUAUUAUAUAUUUUAGCUAAGUUUAUUAAUUUUUGUCUUUUCCACUUUUUCGCAGAAUAUUUUAAAUCACAUUAUGUCAUCUUUGUUCAAGUCCCUCAUUUAAUUUUCCUUUUUCUUUGUCAUUAUCUUUAAUUAGUGAUGUAUAUCUGUUAUCUGUAAUCUUUUUAGUAUAUUUUCUAAUUGCAAUGGAGUAAUUACAUUCGCUAUACACACGCGGACGCGAUAACUAGCAAAGUACGAAACGUUCGAUAUCAUUUCGCGUCAGAGACUUACUCGAAUCCAAUCUCAAUUACGUUCAUUAUCGCCGUACGCUUUCAAACGUUAUCUCGCUUGUAUUAAUGUCAAGUAUACUCUAGAAGUGGAAUCUCCAAAUUGGAGCAAGCCGCGAGACGAUUCGCCGUGCGGCGUUCCUAGGAAGCAGCGUAUUAAACGCGGUCAAUCUCACAUCGGCGCGCAAACGUUCUAGGAUCUGUAUCUUCUCCUUGCCCCCCGUCCCUCCGUCCUCUCACCGGACACUUUUCACUUUUUCUCUCCUCCUACCGUUCCCGAUUCUUCCUCUCGCGCUCUCCCUCGGACCGCAGGGGAGACCGUUAAGCCUCUGUCGUCAUGUUUCUCGUCUCGGCCGAGAGAACUCGUACAUGCAGCCUACCGCGUCCUUCCGUGGGGACCGGAUGCGGAGGGGGUCACUACGGAGUCCUGCCGGACGGUACGCACGAGCGAGAGACCUCCGCGAGAUGGAAAACAGCGGAGAGAGAUUGGCCGGUUCGAAGGAGGCGGGCAAUGAUGGUAAAAGAGGAAUGGGAACCUAUCUACGGGUCCAGUGGCGUAGAUGGAUAGGAUCGAAAGGACAGGAGAUCCUUCAGCUCGGGGUAGGAAAAUUGCCUACCUGGAGAGAUCGUGCGUCGUUAUUUCGAGAAGAGUGUUGCGUUACGCUAUUCCGCGUAACGCCGCAUUCUUCGGAGAGUCUAAAGACAAUGUCCUCCUCUUUGUAGAUAUAUUAAUUUUUUUUUGCGGCAAAACGUUCCCUCACUUAUAUACCAGCGUAGCAUUUCUGGAAUAUUACGUGACGGUUGUAGAAUUUUCCAUCUAUUUUUAAACGCCUUUUCCUACGCGUUUAUUUAUUUCGAUUCGAGAAGUAGUUGUAAAACAUUCCCGACGAACGUAUACUUUCUAGUUUUGAUUCUUUUUAACCUGGGAGGAACUUCCGGUGUUCCGUAAUUUUCCGCAGCGGCUACGCCGUUGGUCGCGAUUAUGGAAGCACCGUGGCUUGUGUCUAGGAUUUAUGAAAAAAAAAAAAAUGCCAUAAUGCGCCGUGUACGCCGGGCGAACGCCAGACGCGUGUGUUUCACUUUUCCGCGAGAGUGCAGAGGGGCUCGCUCGAUACGCGCCGGGGGAAAGCGGGCUAUAAAGACUGUGGCAUCUUGGGGGGAAGCAUUCAGUAAAGUCUGGACAUUGACCAGAUAGUGAGAGACUUGGUAGACAUGAGAAUUUUGUUUCUCACGGUAUUAGCGGGGCUGCUGGCCUUGGCCGUGUGCGAGAAGAAGAAGGAGAUUACGCAGGAGAGCAAGCAGAUCGAAAAUGCCAAAGGCGCGAAAAAGCAGGAUAAGCGCGGACUGAGUCACAUCGAGGCGGACUAUGGAGGACACGACGACGGCGGUUAUGGGGACGGUGGUGGCUUUGAAGUUGGUCACGAUAUUGGCGGCGGAGAUAUUGGCGGUCAUGACAUUGGCGGCGGUUACGAUGGUGGUUACGGUGGUGGUGGCGGUGGCGGUGGCGGUGGUUACGGUGGCGAUGACGGUGGCAAAAUCAAGCAGAUCACGAUUGUGAAGACCGAGAAGGUGCCUUAUCCGGUCGAGAAGAAGAUUCACUACCCGGUGGAGAAAGAAGUACCGUAUCCGGUCAAAGUGCCGGUACCGCAGCCCUACCCGGUCGAGAAAAAGAUCCCAGUGCCGGUCAAGGUUUUGGUAAAGGUGCCGGUUCACAUACCGCAGCCGUAUCCGGUGGAGAAGAAGGUGCCCUAUCCGGUUCACGUGCCGGUAGAGAGGCCGAUACCGUACAAAGUAUAUAUCCCCCAGCCGUACCCAGUCGAGAAGAAGAUACCGUAUCCAGUCAAGGUACCGGUGCCGCAGCCGUUCCCAGUGGAGAAGCCCGUGCCGUACACCGUAAAGGUGCCGGUGCACGUAGCGCAACCCUUCCCCGUGGAGAAGCCGGUACCGUACCCAGUGACAGUGCCCGUCGAGCGACCGUACCCUGUACACGUGGCUAAACCGUACCCGGUCCCCGUUGAGAAGCCAGUACCCUAUCCGGUCGAGAAGAAGGUACCCUACCCAGUUAAGGUUCACGUGGAGCGACCGAUAGCAGUGCCUGUGGUGAAGCCAGUGCCCUACCACGUUAAAGUACCGGUACCGGCCCCGUAUCCGGUGGAGAAGCCGGUGCCCGUGCCAGUCGAAAAGCCGGUGCCCUACGCUGUAAAAGUGCCUGUCGAACGACCCGUGCCGGUCCACGUGACGAAGCCGGUGGCUGUGCAUGUACCCAAGCCCGUACCGUACCCCGUAAAAGUGCCGGUGGCGGUACCAGUGCACGAGCACGACUCCGGGAGCUUCGGGGGUGAUUACGAAUCUAGCUUCGGGGGACACUUAGAACACUCGGGAUAUUAAUAUCAAAAAGCGUGGCAGUGGAGGAUCUUCUGCUUCGGUUAGCGACAAAAUUAACAAGAGGGCAAGGAAAACGCCUCGAGAUGAAAUAAAUAAUAAUCAAAAGGAAAUUUGUCAAUUCGACUCAACGCGACUACGAUCACAAUGUUGUAUAUAAAAAAAAAUCGUUAAAAUGUACAUACACUCGUGGGAAAAACGACGAGAAGAAAUUUGCUAAUUCGACUCAACGCGGCUUCGAUCACAAUGUUGUAUAUAAGAAAAAGAAAAAUGGUAAAAAUGUACAUAUUCUCGUGGGGGAAACCUAGAAUUAGACCGACCGUGUUAAUUUGUACAAAUGCAAUUCGGGAUGUGGGCAGAUGAGGAGCCGAGCGAGGGGGACCCGGGACUUUUGCAGAUUCUCCAUUGCAUCGUACGAGCGGACGCAUCGGCGUGCAUCACGGAAUAUCGCGAUAACACUUCUUCUACAUUUUUCAAAUGCAUUGCGUCGAGGAGGGAAACCAUAGAGCAACGUGACUCGUAACGCGGCCAACGGCUGAUCUUUCGCACGGGGAGUGUUAACGAAGCGUUUCCUCGGCACUCGCGACCGAGCCUCGAAUUUGUCGCUCGAGGCGCGAGCCCGCGAGGAAAACGCGGACGUAUUUAUUUUCCUAGCUUAACGUCGUUCUCGCUGCGGGAUUCGACGUGGAAGAUGAGUUUGCAGAACAGCCGUUUUGCGCCGCGAAGGAUGAUUGCGGGUCUCCGAGUUUGCUUAGACAGCGCUAACGAUUUCUUAGAUAUAUAGUAUCGACACUUAAGUACCUAUGAGGACGCGUGUACUGUGUUUCUUACGACGUUCGGAACAUGUAACGGACGUCGCUCUGUACGAUGUCUUUCGCUUCUUUUUAAUAAAAACCAAAGAGCAAGCCGACAGUCUUGGAAUUCAUCCUAGCCCCAUCGCCAUUCUCUAAGAAGAGACAUCUGAAAACCUGUCUAUUUUUGCACGCGUGUCCUUUAAUAAAUCAUGCAUAC